AUGCUUAAAAAACAGUUUGGUAUACCUUAAUUAUAUAUUAGCGAGUGCAAGUCAAUAAUCAUGCACUUUGAUAGUGCACAUUUCAUAACUUGAACGAAAUUUUUUCAAUAAUUCCCAUUUGAUCAAAAUUUAACUUUUUUCGAUCAAAUACCUCACUAUAAAAAAUUCCUACAUAAUUUCCCAUAAGAAACGCACACUAUCAAAAAUACACGAUCAUUUGCAUGUUGCGCUCAAAUUAUUUUGUAGUUCUUCUAUCCAGCUAAAAAAUUUUCAAGCUAUUUGAUUUAAAAGACAAUAAAAAGUUCCGGAUCAUAGCAGCAAUUGAGAGGGAUGAUAUUUUACUUCUAAAUAAAUUGAUGACUGAAAUGAAGCAUGAUCCUUUCGAUCCAGUUGACACUCUAGGCAGCAAUAUAACGAUGACCCCCCCUCAAUCUUCAUGUCUAUUGCAACAAAAAUUUUUCGAAAAAAUUUUCAUGCUUACUGCACCACAACAUUUUCAUGCCUAAUGCAACACAACAUUUUUUAUAAAAAAGAAUUAAUGCAUUUUCUCUAGGUGAGUUUCUCAAAAACCCCAUAAAACAGCGCUGCUGUAGGCAUGUCAAUGACCUUCUCAUCGAGAUUUGGACGCGGCUAUUGUCAUUGCUCGCCAUUUUAUUAAAUUUAUCUAGCUAAAAUUUAAGAUGCGCAUCUAAAAUUUGCUGCAAGAGGAUUAGGAUUAUUACAGACAGGCGCUAGCCAUAUUGUUGACACAUUCACCAAAGACAUCCCGUGCAGAAGGUUCUACCGCUUUUCGAUUCCAGCCCAGAGGGUGUAUUCCUCUUACGAGUGCCCUUCCGGUACCUUCUGUCUCCUCCUUGCCUUGCGGCUUCAGUCUUGAGUGGGCGGCUUAUGGAUUUCUGCGUCCCUGCUACGGGCAAUUGGAGUAGCUUGAUUCCAAGGAUCAGCUCCUUAGAGUCUAUCGGGUGUCAAAGUACCUUCCUUCGACAGCUACACGAAAAAGACUGUUCCCCUGUGGCCUGGGCAAAAACCCUAGUUUCUCGGUAGAGGAAUGCCCAUGGGUCCUCGGAUCACCUGAGCGCAUCUAUUUCCAACCACAGGAAAGCAGCCAAAAACCUGCCCGGAUACACACUUCUUGAGCCUGCGUCUGAUUCUCGGCUCGGGUCCGUCCCAGUCCGCAUUAGCCAUAAGGUCUGGAAUGCUGCGCCAAGAGGGCAGGCUGACACGUGUCGCCAUUUUAAUAUAUAUAAUUUGUUGCAAGAGACAUGAAAAUUAUUAUUUUUUUUUUAUAUAAUUUGUUGCAAGAGACAUGAAAAUUAUUAUUUUUUUUAUAUAUAAUUUGUUGCAAGAGACAUGAAAAUUAUUUUGUUUUUUAUAUAAAAUUUUAUAUUAAAAAAUUGCAUUUUUGUUGCAAUAGGCAUGAAGAUUGAGGGGGGGGGUUGGUCAAGCAUAGGACCCACCCCACCCCACCCCACCUACCCCACCCACCUACAAUUAAAGGCUUAUUUGUUCAAAUCCAGUAACGGCUAUUGAAAUCAAGUGCGGCUAUCUGGUCAAGCAUAGGUAGCAGCCAGACAUCCCACCCCCCCAAUAGGGAAAAACCUCCCCGACCCCUACCCCACCUAAAAAUGGUACCCUCACCCCCCUUUCACAGAUGGCACCCCCACCCCCCUCUCGGGUUUAUCCCUAUAGAAGUAAUUGAUAGGAAACAAGCAGAAUAAAUUUAAAUAUAAUACAAUUAAAACACUACAUUGAUAAAUUAAGUCCACAAAUUACUUUAUAUAUUAUGAUUAAUUAAUAAAUUUAAAUUAAUUAACAAUUAAUAUGAAAAUAUAUGAAAAUUGUUUUUUAUAUUUAUAAAUAUAAUGCCAAAGAUAUAGAUAAUGGCAUUAAUUAUUAAAUAAUACAAUAACUUGAAUUAAAUUUAUUGAUUCAUACAUUAAAGCUAAUCUGAUGUCCAUUGUACAAGGAUUGCAGGACUGAAUUGAUCAUAGGAUUCAAUAAAAUAGUAUUUGCUAUUGUCAGUUUUAUUUUUGGAUCUCUAAUUCGACUCUUUAGCCAUUGUUCCACAAAGUUCAUAAAUAUAUGCAGAAUAUACUGCUAAUUAAUACCAAAGAUCAUUAUUAUGUUUUUUAACAAAUUUUUUCAGAUGUGGUGUGCUUAAUAGUUAUAGGAAAUUCUCACCGCAUUCCACCUACUUCUUAAUCGAUUGUGCUACGUUAUGUGGAUAUUGUAUAAAUCGGUAAUUUUGAAUAUUUAAAAAUAAUAAUUUAUUUAUUAUGUCUGCUCUAAAUUCGCAUUUGCCUUAUAUUUAUGCUAUAUUAAGGAGGGUGGGGGUGCCAUCUGUGAAAGGGGGGUGGGGUAACCAUUUUUUAGGGGAGGUGGGGGUACCACUUUUAGGGGGGUGGGGGGUGUAUGGUUGCGACCUAUGCUUGACCAGCUAUCUUAAAAUUCAAUGCGAUUUGAAAGUCUCAGAUUCGAUUCUCUAAUGAUCAGUUUGGUAUAUAUCGAUAGAGAGAUAAGAAAAAUAAAAGUUGAUCAAUUGGAAUAAAUUGUUAAACAAAACUUCUAAAAAGUUGAAUUUGCUUGUUGACUUAUAAUAAUUUUAAUUUAUUGUAAAAUCAUAAAGUUAUUGGAUUAUUCUUAAUUAUGAUGUUCUAUAAUUUAUUUCAGUUAGAGCAUAUUCUCAUACUUCAGUUGGAUGACAUUUCUAUUGUUGUAUCGCAUAAUUCAUGCCUACACUGAUUAUACCAUCGGAAUAUUGGUGUUUUCUUGAAGCAACCCCAUAAGCGGGUGAAUUACCCUCUGAUUUCAAAUUUGGUCUACCAAAGUAAUAAUUUUGGUUGGAGCAAAUUAUAAUUUUAGCGGUUAAUUCACCCGCUUAUGGAAAUAUUCAAGGAAAAAGCUAUAAGAGAUCUUCUUCAAAAUAAUUUUAUAAAUACUCUUAUUUGUAUUAUUAAUUUAAUUAUGAGAUAUUUUCUUAUUCAGCUUUUUUGUCAAAUAAUGAUGAAAUUAUCGCUAAGCUUGAUUUAGUACAGAGGCGAGGGUAAGUGGCGAAAUCUUGAUCGUGUGUGCUGCAUGUCAGUGGCAAGCUUUGGAGGAGCCAGCUGUUAUUCAUAAAAAGCAGUGUUUGUAGAUUUAUAUUGAGAAUCUGAGAUGAAAUUGAAUAUGACAUUGAUGGAGAAGUUGGUGAUGAGUAUGAUUUGGAUGGAAAAGAUUACUCUGAUACGAAGACGCUUUUCCUGAAAAGGUAAAGCAUUUGGUGAAGCGAUGAUUGCAGUUUUAGUGUUUUUUGAAUGGAUUGUCUGUUCUUAGAGUUUUUUAAUUAUGCAGAAUUUACUGAAGUUGAUUUAAUUUUAGAAGGAGAGAUUUAGCGAUACUGAAGUAAAUUUUUUUAUAAGUUAUAAGUUAUAACGUUUAAUUUAACUAUUAUAAUCUAAUGUCUUAUUUAGAAACAUAUUUGCUAGCAUAUUAUUUCCCAUUUGAAUUUAAUUAUUCGUUAAAUAGAACAAUUCUUGCACAGAGAUGAAAUAUUUAUGUCUGGUGUAGUAAACAAGCCUUUCGAAGUUAUGAAAAUUACAAGAAAUUUCGAUAUAAUUUAUACAUUUUUAUACAUGACUUGAUAGUCAACAUUUGACCUUUAGGCUAAAAUGUGCAAAUUCAUCAAAUAAUUUACAAUUUUGAAGAAAUUUGUUAAGAUUUUCGUCAUAUUUGCUUGCUAAAGUUUUUUGAAAUUAGCAUCUAAGGUACCAAAGCCAAAAUAGCUCCUAAGGUGCAUCUUUAAAGAACCGGAGAGCUAUAUUGUUUUUAAAUAAUAUAUAUUACUUUCAAACAAAUGCAUGUAGGAUGCAAUGCCGUGAGUGGGUAGUUUAAGGCGAGUGUAUAAUUGUGCGGGAUGGUUGUACGUAUGGGGUGGGGUGGGGUGGGUCCUGUGCUUGACCAGGGGGUCAUCGUUACUACAUGUCGCUUGCUAUAUGGGAAAAUUAAACCUUGCUAAAUGAAUUUAUACAAGCCUUAAUAUCGAUCUUAAUAUUUGCAAUUUCGAUGGACAGGCAGCAAUACAUCUAGCAACUAUCAAUGGGCAUUUUAAUAUUGUCAAAUGGCUAUGAGAAAUGGGAGCAGAUUGUCAUGCAGAAUCUCUCUAUUAUUAUAGGACGCCUUAUUAUAUGUGCUGCUAUUUGAUUAAACAUAAACAAGCCCCAGAAGUGCAGCUUGGCUGUGAAAAUGUGAACUUAAAAAUCGGAAAAUUAGUGCAAAUUAAAAAUUUUUUACGUGAAAAAUAUUUUUCUGACAUGAGAGGAUAUGAAAUUCGAAAAUUUUUGUGGGCUUAUAAGAAACUAAAAGAUAAAGGCACUUCACUUGGCAGACUAACUAGUGGUAUGGCAAGAGAAAUCGGCGAAUUUUUGUAG